UGCAUAAAACGUUUGUGUUCAAGGUCUUCCAACUUUGAAACUUCAAAUGGAAGGAUUUGCCAGAAGUUUCGUUUCUGUAAGAAUAUAUAGUCUGUGAUGCUGAUUUUAAGUACAACGAGCGCGUACCGUGUCACGUGGGCAAGUGCGAGAGCAGCGCAAUAGUCGGGGGAAACCUAGGCGCCCUGGUGGCGGUCUUUGGGGCAGCCAUAUUUCCUCUCGUGGGUUCCCGGUGCACGAAGUUGGUGAUUUGCUGACAAUUUUUGGGAUGCGACCUGCAAAGUUCUUUUCGCACGUAUUCUCCACUCGUAAAUAGGUGUGAUCGGCGUCCGAUCAUGGCCAAGGGAAAUAACAAUCCGAGCGGAAGACGGUCGACGUCGCGCAACGCGAAACCCUACGACGCAAACAAUUCAUUUGUAAAAAAGGUAGCAACAAAGGUAACAGAUUUGAUACCACAAAGAUCAUGGAUUAGUAAGUGGUUCAAUUCUUCUCAAAAUGAAGAUGAUAUAUUAGACGAUACUGAGAACCGUGAAGAGAUAGAGUCCGAAGAAGAUAUUCAGAAACCUCCACCUUUGAAACGACCAUGUAUUCGUAUGGAUGUCACUCAUCCACCCGGUACCUUUACAAUUCAACCAAGAACUAAAGCUCCGCUAAAUCAAGCCAGUCCUUCUAAGCAACAAUAUUCGGUUCAUAAUGUAACGUCUGAAGAUUUUUCUGAACCUGCGAUGGCUGGACCAAGUGGGGUUAACUGUUUAGUAUCUUCCACACCUGCAACGCAACCGGAUAUUAGAAAUAUAGUCCCUCAGAGACCUGAGUUACAUUCAUUAGUUACUGCCACAAAUAACGGAACCACAAAUGGUAUUGAUGAUAAUUCAGAAUCCAGUGAGAGCACCAGUGGUUGUAGCUCUCUUAUUCCACAAACAAUUAGGCAAGAGGCUACAUCGAAUGUACCUUAUAGCUCUCCAUUUUCCAAUAGAAAAAGAUUUAAUAAUGAAAAACUAACUUUUACCAAUCAUACACCAUCUCCAAGGUCUUUGUUUUUAGAUAGUAAUCGAUAUACUAUGAGUAGUCGCAGACCAAGUUUUAACGCGUCAGUUAUGACAAACACGCCGGAUCGUGCUUCUCCGCUGUCAUCUCCAUUUUACAGUGGAAAUAUUACUUUUGGUGGAGCAAAUGCAGCUGGUCUUUACAAGCAAGGUCGCAAUUUGUUCAUUAGUUCCAACGAGGUUCAACUUAAAGUUCCAAGAAGAACAAGCGUUGAAGUAAAACCAUCUAACGCAACUGGGGUUGAUUCAUCUGGCAUGAGUCAAACUGCUAAGAAAAUAUUAGAAGCCCUAGAACAUUUCUCAUCGCCGAUAACGGACGCUAAGAAAAUUCCUCUGAAUACAUCGAUGAGCGCAAAAAGAGCUAGAGAGGAGACAUCACCAACGGUCAAAGUUGGGCUGCGUCAUUUAACGCGUCAAUUAACUGUACCGACCGUGCCCGACAUAUUAAAAUUGAGACGGCGUCAGAAAUUACAGGACACUACACUUGCAGCUAGAAAAAUUGUUUCGGCUCGGAGCGAACCACCACCUCCACAAGAAUACCAUCUCAGAACACAAGAUGAUGAAGAUUCAAAACAUCAAGGAAAACUUAAAGUUAAAAUGACAAAUCUUGACGAAGAAGAAACAGUUCAACCAGUCAAUUUACCAAGUAUACCUUUGCCAAUAUCUUCUUUACCAAAUUUCAACUUUACGCCAUCAGGUAACUCAAAAUCGGUAGAUAAAAAUUUCGCAACCAAGGAAGAAACCUUUACAUUCGCAAGUCCUAUCAAAAUAACAAAUGUCACAAAUAGUCUGAAGUCUAUCAAUAACUUCACGUUCAGCAGUCCUAUAAGUGCUGAUAACCAAACAAUUGAAAAGUCUAACAAUUCGAGUUUACCUACAAAGAGAAGUAAUGCUAAAUCUGCUACAUCAUCUAGUAAUUGUGUGCCGUCUGUAACGCAGAAUUUUGUCUGGUCUGGCUCAUCUACAGCGCCCAGACCAAAAGACAAAUCAAAAAGCACAGAGAAAUUUAUUCCUACUGUUUCGAGUGAAUUAAAAUCAGGAAGUGUCAUGGAUAUUUUCAAUUCUAAAUCUACUAGAAUUGAACCUGAAAAAGCAAAUAAUAUAAAACCCCAAUCGGAAGAUAAGGGAAAAGAGGAUAAAUCCGUAAGUUCAAAAUCUGGUGUACUGCAAGAUAGUUCAACCAUGUGGGAAUGUUCCGAAUGUUUAGUUAAAAACAACAAUUUUGAAACCCAGUGCUUUGCUUGUAAAGCUGCGAAACCGUGUCUUAAAAAUAACAAAACGUGUGAACUACCAUCAACAUCUUCCAAUGCUAGCGAAACAAAGACUACGGCUGUCAACGACCAUUUCGGAUCUCAGUUUAAACUUUCAAGUAAUCAAUGGGAAUGCCCAUCCUGUUACUUAAGAAAUAAGCACACAGAUAAUAGAUGUCCUGCGUGUAAUGCACAAAAACCAGAUUCUGAACCAAGCGCAGGAAAAAUACCAAACUCUAACAAAAAUAACGUCAAAGACUCAGAAAAAUUUGAAGGAAGCUCCGAUUGUGUGUUAAAUAAUUCUGCAAAUUCAACUGAGCACACUUCUUGCAAUGUAUCUAAAUCAAGUCUGUUAAAAUCUAGUGCUAAAAAUGAUGAAAACAUCGCUGAUGAUUCAAAUUCAUUAAACAAUCAAAAGACUAACACAUCGAUCAAUACACCAUUAAAUAAUUUAGCUGUUAAUAAAAAUGAAAUUAUGGAUAAAUUCAAGCCAAGUAAAGAUACUUGGGAAUGUCCUUGUUGCAUGGUUCGAAAUGCUGCUUCGGUGGAUACUUGUCCAUGCUGCAAUACAGCCAAACCCAGCAUUGGAGUACCAACUAAAGUUCCUGCGCCAUUGGUUGCAAACGGAUUUGGAGAUAAAUUUAAGAAACCAGAAGGUGCAUGGAAUUGUGACACUUGUAUGUUACAAAAUGAGGCAAAAGUUACCGAAUGUGUUUGUUGCGGUGGUUUGAAGCCUGGGACAAAGAAAGUAGACAAUUCUAUUACAAACACGAGUUCCAAUUUACAGUUUAGUUUCGGAAUUCCAGCAACUACCGGCGACUUCAAAUUUGGAAUAGAUAAAACUGAUCAACAAAAGACUGAUAACGCAAGUAGUUUUAAAGUGGUAGGUUUAAAUUCUGCGGGUUCAACCAAUCAAGAUGGUCAGUUUACGUUUGGCAUUCAGAAAGAAGAUAAAAAAUCAACAAGUGAAAUAUCAAAACCUGAAAACACUACUUCAACAGUAGCAAAUUGUUUUGGAUUCCAAACAGAUGCGAAAUCUAGUGAAAAGAUUGACGCAAAACAGGAUUCAGAGAAAAAAGAUAAAAAACCAGUAUCCACAUUCUCAUUCGGUAUACCGAAAACUGAAAGUACUGUAGCUAGUGAUAAACCAUCUGUCACUAUACCACCUUCUACAACACUACCGUCUACGUUUACAUUUGGUGUCUCAAAAUCUGAAACUAAAGAAACAGAUAAAGAUAAAGGAAAAGAGAAACAGGAUUCGUUAUUUGGAAAUACAGUAACACAGGUUUCAAAAUCAAGCACAGAAAUUAUUGAUUCUUCGACUGCUAUUAAAGCUAAUACAUUAACUACAAUUUCUCAGAAUAUUUCACAGGAAAUUAAACCAACUGCUGUCUUCACAUUUGGUGUUCCAAGCACUACGGCUGUAAUCAGUAAUAGUAUCUCUACAAGUAUAGUGACAAGUCUUCCAUCUAGUACUCAAUCUUCCUUUGCAUUUUCUGAUACUAAACCAGUGCAAACAUCUAUACCCACUUUUGGUCAAAUAGCAACAUCAAUACCUGCUUCUACUUCAUCUAAUACCUUCACUUUUGGUGACAACAAAACUACAGACAAAGGUUUACCACCUAAAUCGUUCAGUGCGUUAUCAAACGAUUCAUCUGGAAGUUCAAUAUUUUCUAAUGUUUCAACUACUCCGUCAUUAUUUGGCAAUACAGAUGCAAAGACUAUACCAUCAUUUGGUACUGAAGAAAAGAAACAACCCACUUUUGGUGCGAGUGCAAGUAAGCCAUCUGCUUUCGCGAUACCAGACAAUAAAAUACCAACAUUUGGAACCACAGAGAGUAAACCUUCGAUUUUUGGGACAUCUGAUACAAAAUUACCCGUAUUUGGGAAUGCAGAUAACAAAACAACGCCAUUGUUUAAUACAAAUCCGCAAGCUCCAGCAGCAACACCUGCACCAACAUUUAAUGCAUCGUCACCUACUCCAGCUCUUUUCGGUACAUUUGCUACACCCCCUGUGUUUGGUAGUAAUACUUCCACGACAUUCAACAAUGAUUCAAAGCCUAAUAUAUUUGGAUCUAAUUCAAAGCAAGGUGAAACUAAUACACCAAGUUCGAAUUUGUUUACAUUCAACUCUACUCCCGCUCAACCAGUAGCACAACCAGGAACUGGCUUCAACUUUUCUGCAAAUACUAACCCGGACAAUUCAGCUCAGAAACCACUAUUCACAUUUGGCAGUAGUACAACGUCGCCACAAGGUAGCAAUGUAUUUGGAAGUACAUUCAACAAGCCUGCUGCAAAUACUUCUGGUCUCGCAUUUGACACACCUAAACCGAAAAUACCAACAUUUGGUCAGUCCGCUGUUUCGAACCCAAUCUUUGGAGUACCUCAGUCCACAACUCAAAAUCAACCGUCGUCAUCAUUUAUACCUAAUUCGAAUGCAGGAUUUAAUUUUGGAUCUGCAGCACCUGCCACAUCUUCAGGAGGUUUCAAUUUUGGUGCAGUUGCAUCUACGCCUGCAUCAUCUACAGGAUUUAAUUUCAAUCCUCCUGGUACUACUCCAACAUUUGAUCCCAACACUCCGCCGUCAUUUAAUUUCACUGGUGGAAAUGCACCUGUCAUGUUCAGUGGUACGCCUCAAGCAGUAACGCAAAGGAAAAUUAAGAAAGCUUUCAGAAGAGUGCGGUAGAAAGCAAAUAAUGUAUAACUCUAAUUGCGUAUACACUUGGCUGCAUUUUUACAUCUAUUUUAUGCAACUGUAUAUGCGAGAAUAUAGUUUCCAAUGUGUAUGCUAAAAGUUACAGUAUGGUACAAUGAAAAAUAUCACAUAACGACUGGUCACAUUAACGUGGGUGGUAUACCAAGCACUUUAUGUAAUAUAUGUAAGUCUGCCAAUGGGAUAUGCUUGUGUGCAACCACUUGUGUUCUGCAGGAUCUGUAAAUUAUAAAUUAUUUAAAUUAUACAAUAAUAACGAAUGAAUACUUGACACGUUGGCAUGAAGCCACUUUUACGAAUAAAGCAGAAUGGUAGUGUAAGAGCAUUACCAAUACCCUAUCCAAUUGAGACACUAUGAAUAUUAUAUAUAUAUAUUUACUGAUGUGACAUGAAAAGAACAAAAGGAAACUACUAUACUGGAACAGAGCACCUCGAUAAAGAAACUUAAUGAACACUGAGUGUGUGCACUUAUCGAGGAUAAUCAUAAGGUAAGUAUAAGUCGUUCACAGCUCGUGACAUUUCUCAUAAUUGAAUGCAUUAGUUAACAAGAUUGCGUUCUUUUUCGUGUAAUGAGAAAAUUCGUUUUCGUUUAUUUUUCUUUUUUUUUGGAAUAAGAAAAUGUUGCAGAAAAUGGAAUAAAUUUUAUACAUAAUAUAAAAAAUAUAAAAUAUAAAAAAUAUCUGAAGAAAUUUAUUGCAUUAUUCAUUCAUUUUCUGUUCUCUCUUUUAUAAUUUUUUAUCUGUUACACGAGUGUUGUGAAUCGACCGAAUAUCAAUGAAGUCCCACUGCAUCUAGACAUUAAUUAUAGUUUAAUUAGGAUUUUUUCAUGGGUAGUUCUACAAUCCUUGUAGCGCUGUUCUAAGAAAAAGUUGUGUAUCAUACACGGAAAAUGGCAUUCGGAUAGUACAAACUCAACGAUUAUUGAACGACUCGCAUCGAGUAGUCGAAAAAUUGUAUAUUUUUUUUAUAUAUUGAAUGAAUUAACCAUAUAAGUGAAAAACUGAAUGCCAUUUUAAUAGAAUUAAACAUACACUAAUGUUGCGUGUUUUAUCGUAGCGUGAGUGGGUAAAAAAGCGGAUCGUGAAGUGCGCUGAAUGGAAAUAAAUUAUUACGGGACUUCUAAAGGGUUACGCUUCUUCUUUUUGAUUUUUUUGAUUUUGUUAACGAACCGAACGUGUCUUUGAUUCUCAUUUUAUGAGGAUGUAUCACUCUAUGCUCCCAUGAAACUUGGAAUAUUGGAGUAGAAAUAAUAGGGUAUUAAAGAGAAAUUAUGGUAGAUUAUCGAAAAAAAAGAAAAAAAAAUUAAAAGAAUAAAAAUAUUUUAAAAAGUUCUCAAUGAGAAAUAAUGUUAUUUGUAACCCUUUUAUUUUUAGUUCAUGACGUUUGUUUUCGGGUAGAUGCUUAUAAUUCUUUUUUAUAACGUGUUUACACACUAACGAUUUUACAAGAUCAAAGAAUCGCAUAUUCUUUUACAACGAGUGCAAUUUUACCGAGAGUGAUAUUAGCUUCUGUAAAUGUAAUUAGAAUUACAUUUACACAACUACAAUCGUUGUAGCAAUCAAUGUAGCAGACGUCCUUUUUAGAAGUCCCUAAAAACAGAAAGUAGUUAGUCGACGCGUCAACGAUUAUUGAAUUAACAUUGAAUCGUACACGUCUUAUUUAAGAUUAGGAUAGUUAUCUGUAAUGUUGGCUUAAAAUUGACAGUAGCCAAGAAUAACUCGGCACAAGACCCACCUUCUGCCAUAGUAGAUGCGUACAUAUUUAAAAAAAAGAAAAGAAAAGAAGAAAACUGUUACAUAUUGUUACACUGUACGUUGUGUAGUCUUUACAUUGUAGAUUUUAAGGCAUUUUUAGUUUCUGCGUACAUUAUUGAAAAACAACAGUAAGAAAUUCAAACAAGUCUUGAUUUCCUGUUGAUAAUUUACAAGUCACAUGUUUUGCAAACACCCUUCGUAGCUUGUGUUUAAUAUGCUACAAUAGUGUUACGCAGAUCACAUAAAAAACGUGUAUAUCUAUUUCUUUGUAUAAUUAAAGUUAUUACUUUCGUCGAUAAAACCUUAAAUUGAGAUCUAUGUCGAUUCUGUAAUUGAAGUUAAAUAGUUGUAACGUUUUUUAAUGUUAUUCUUUGUACAAACAAAUGGAUUUUAUCUACGAAGGGUUCUUCUACACUUAGGUCUCAUUGUAGAAACUGAAAAAAUUGUAACAUUGUAUAAAUAAUUAUCAGCUGAAAUACUAGCCAAUGAUAAAGUGAGGCUGCGCUGAGAUAUGUCUACGCUGCUGUCUUACACCGUGAACAUUCUCUGUCAAGGCUGUGUCGUCCGUUUGUCUACCCCUAGACAAAUUUCCAAAUUACAUGAAUAUAUCAAAUGCUGACCUAAAGGGAUUAGCACCUUUGUAUUAAAUCUCGUAUAUGGCCUUAAAAAAAGAUACAUACUGAGCGUAUGACGUAGAUGUAUUAACAAUUGUAAAAAGAAUUGUAUUGGAAUUGUUUUGUAGCAGUUUGUACUCUCCGUUGCAAUAUGUUUACAGAAAUAUUUGGAAAACAUUGCAUUAAAAUUGUUCAACAAUAGAUACGUAACAUCUCAUGACUUCUGGAAUGCUUGUUUGUCUUUUUAAUGUACAGAAAUUGCUAUAACCGACACAAAAUUAUCGUUCUCAAAUGAAACAUUUUAUUAUUUGCUUCACAAAAGUUCUUGACUGCAUAGUAUGAACAAUAUAAAUUCCAUUCUAAAUUUAUGUUCACGAAAAUGACAAUUAUGAAGAAUAUUAGAUAAUGUAUUUACACCCAAAGAUCCUGUAAGUUAUGAGGUGUUCAAAAGCGAGUCAAAUGUUCUGAGGCCUUAUAUUAUAAUCUUAGUCCAUGAAAAUUUACUAUACUGAAUUCACAUGGAUAUCCGUAACAAUUCUAUUGAGAAUGUGCAGUGAGAGAGAACAGUAUUCGUACACCAUUUUCGACACGUUUAUUUUCUAUUGUUAAUAACAGUUUCCAGUAUAAUAUAAUAUUCAGUUUAAGAUUAUUUUCAAAGUGUUUUUAAAAAUAUGUUUUAUUAUUAUUAUAUUAAUUAUAUUAUAAGUUAAAAUUUCUAUCACUAACUGAAAGGAAGAGACAAUUGUGUACGUAUCCUUUCUUCUCGUACUACAUUAAUCGGUGAUUUCUGAUAAUGUUCACAAUAUGAGAGAAUUUAUGUUAUAAAAUAAGUCCAAUGACUGACUCUGUAAUUAAAUACAAUGUACGUGAGAGAAUGUUCACUGUAUGCUUCAGGUGCUUAUGGGAAUGUUAACAGCAUUCCCAUGACAUGGUGUAACAUUAAGUAACCUUGUGUAAUGGGAGUAUCGGUGUUUCUCAACCCGAUGAACCACUCGCACGAUUCCAGUAAUCUUUAUUCGCACAAACGAAGCAAGAAAAUGAUAUACGCUUAAUCUGAUAAUCGAACGUUCUUUCAGGGACAAGAGGUUGUAAGUGUUUUAUUUAAGAAAGUACGGCCAUUGCUGUUUAUUUGUAGCCCCCAAAAACACGUAAAUAAUGAGACGAACGAGUCGACGGGGUGGAAAUAAUGAAUAUAUAUCAAACUAGGAAUGGAAAUCUAUGUAAUAAUGUAAUUAUAGCGAACGGAAACCUCGAUAGCCUCAUAUUGUAUAAUUUAUUAAAUAAUAUACGACGUUGCUUAAACGGCGGUAAAUAGUUUUGUGAUGACGAGGGCUAUUGAGCUCUGGGCGUUGAGAAACACCGUAAAUAGGAUUAUACAACAUUCACGUUAACAUUAUUACCAUUAUUCUGAAUACUAUCCUCUGUACCCCAUAAUACUUAUAUUAUACGAUACUAGGAUACAUGAAACUAUCGAUUUGAGAACAAUGUUUAAUUUUUGGGUUUACAAUUUUAUUUCGUAGCUAAUAAAGUAACAAGUUUAGGAGGGCAUUUAGAUGAUAAUAAUAAUAGUAAUGCGAAUCAAGGAGUUUCAUCGACAGUACAAUUAUUAUAAAAUUUAAUUGCACUUUGAAUUCUCUGAAAAUAGUGAAAUGAAUAAUAAAUAUUAAACUAAAUAAAAACCCUUUGGUUCGCAUUCAGAAAGUAAACUCGAACUCUUCGAUCGAAUGUAUUUGUUUUACGAUUACGUUUUCACGUUGUCUUUUUACUUCUUAUAAGUGUCGAGCUCACUCCUUAACAGUUCCUCAAAGAAAUAAUACGAAGUAAGAAAUCCAUACUAUAUUCUACUGUAAUGUUCGUGGAUUUUGUUCGUGGCUAAUCCAUAUAUGUGGUACAUCGUUCUACGUGCUAUUAAAAAUAUUUUAUUUUAAACGAUCAAUUAAACCGAUCAUUCUUUUAGUAUCUCAAACGUAAUUAGAGUGAGUUUUAUUUCGUAUCUCUAAGGACGUCGUUCAAAAUACGCGAUGGAUGAGGGCUUUUAUUCAGCAUGAAACACAAGUCCUCAGUUAAUUAUGAAUUAUAAAUUCCACUUCAUUGUUAAAGCUCGCAACAUCUACUGCGAAAACUAUGUAUUUGAUUUUCGCUUACAACAGCUAUACAAUAAUACAACGUAAUUUUCUUAUGUUGCACAGCUGUACGAGGAGUUAUGCAAAAAAAUAAAGAUUAUCUAUGAUUA